AUGAUUUAUCUUCAAAGGAAUAUUUUAGGUACUUUUUUUUCUAAGUUUCGAGGUGUUGCUCUAAGUUCAACAUGGGCUCAUGUCGAGCAAGGUCCACGCGAUCCAAUUCUUGGAAUUAAUGAAGUUUUUGAACUUGAUAAAAGUCCGUUAAAAGUAAACUUGGGGGUUGGUUCAUAUCGUGAUGAUAAUGAGAAACCAUAUGUUCUUCCAUCUGUUAGGGAGGCUGAAAAGAGAAUUCUUUUUGCGGAUUUAAAUAAAGAAUAUGCUGCUAUUACAGGUGUUUCUUCUUUUGUUAAAUAUGCAUCAAGAUUAGUAUAUGGCGAAGACUCAAAAGCACUGAAAGAAGGGCGGAUUUCUGUUGUUCAAUCGGUUUCAGGUACGGGAGCAUUGCGUCUGGGUGGAGAAUUUUUAAGUAGGUUUUAUUUAAGUAAAAAAAUAUAUCUUCCAUCACCUACAUGGGGGAAUCAUAUACCGAUAUUUAAAGAUUCAGGACUUGAAAUUAAUUAUUAUAGAUAUUUUGACAAAAAUACUAUUGGUUUUGAUAUUGAAGGUGCACUUGAGGAUAUUCGAGCAGCACCUAAGGGAUCUAUUAUUUUGUUUCAUGCUUGCGCACAUAAUCCUACAGGUGUAGAUCCUACACAAGAGCAAUGGCAUCUGAUUUCUAGUGCUGUUAAAUCAAGAAAUCAUUAUGUAUUUUUUGAUAUGGCUUAUCAGGGAUUUGCAUCGGGAGAUCUUCUAAAAGAUUCUUAUGCGUUGAGAUAUUUUGUUGAAGAGGGACAUAGUUUAUGUGUUAGUCAAUCUUUUGCUAAAAAUAUGGGUCUUUAUGGUGAACGUGUUGGUACAUUUUCUAUUGUAUGCGAAUCAUCAGAAGAAAAAGAACGGGUGGAAAGCCAACUAAAGAUUUUAAUUCGUCCUCUUAUUUCAAAUCCUCCUAUUCAUGGUGCUCGAAUUGCUGCUGAGAUUUUGGGUAAUGAUGAACUUUAUAAACAGUGGCUUUCAGAGUUAAAGGGAAUGGCUAAUCGGAUUAUUUCAUCAAGAAAAAUGAUUCGAAAAUGUCUUGAAGAAGAUUUUCAAUCAAAGCAUGACUGGUCGCAUAUUACUUCUCAAAUAGGUAUGUUUUGUUAUACAGGUCUUAAUCCAGAACAAGUCAAGCUCCUUACUGAUAAGUAUCAUAUUUACUUAACAAAUGAUGGCAGAAUUUCUAUUGCUGGUAUUUCUAGCAAUAAUGUUAGAUAUGUCUCUGAAUCUAUACACAAUGUCACGAAAUAG